UUUUUUUUUACCAAGUUUACACUUCAAGCAAAGUGCAGAAAGUUCCCGACGGUCUUCGGGCAAAUUUGGAGCUGAAUGACAGCUUGAUUCACCUCUUCAUUGGUGGCAAAUCCCAGGACAACUCUCAAUAGCUAAUCCUAUAAAAGAGGUUAAAUGCGAGUUAGAGACAAGUGAAUGAAAAGUAGAUCCCAAAGGGGAAUUGUGUCCCCCUCCGCCCACAUCGCUCAAUUAGCGCACAAGCGACUUUAGUGCAGAAAAAAACGCAAAUAAAUUCUGGGAUGCCCUGCAUUCCAAAGUGCGCACACACCUCGUCUCGCUGCCAUCUGCUAUAUAACCCCAAGUUUUAGGCUUAGGGCACCGACACACACUCGACGGUUUUGAGGGACCAAACAUGCUGGAUUACAAGAGUCCGAGCUGCCGGAUGGAGUCGGCCCACAGCGGGAAGGCGAAAACCUCGGCAGAUCACAGAAAGACUUCUAAGCCUAUUAUGGAGAAGCGACGGAGAGCAAGAAUCAACGACAGCCUGACACAACUGAAAGGCCUCAUUUUGGAUGUACUGAAAAAAGACAUGGGUUCGAUGCCCCGUUAUUCAAAGUUGGAAAAAGCAGAUAUCUUGGAAAUGACUGUGCGACACCUCAAAGAUCUUCAACACAAGCACUGUGCUGACUCCCUGAACAUUACCUCUGGCAUCACUAACAAAUUCCGAGCAGGAUUCAGCGAGUGCAUCAGAGAAGUUACACAGUUUUUGUCUACCAGUGAUGGCAUCCAGAGUGACGUCAGAAGCAACCUCCUACAGCAUCUUAUCAACUGCAUUUCUGAUAUUAACUUCAUUCCCUCCCACCUCAUGGUCAAUGUUCCAGUUGUGUCUCAGAUGCACUCACAUUCAAGCACCCCUGAUAACUCUGCUUCUUCCAGUGUUCCCAAAGCUAAUGCUCCUGGUGUGCAAGUGGUGCCCCUUACAGAUGGACAGUUGGCUUUUCUCUUGCCCAGAACCACCUUCCCAAAUACAAGAUCAAUCCAGAGUAUACCCAGUGCCACACCCAUUGGCAUAAAAACUCCAGGGACCUCUGAAUUGCAUUCCAGCAAAAUUUUACUGCCGUCACAGCACCCAUCAUCAGAUUUGCCUAGAAAUUCAGUACAUUUGGCACUGAAUGAUUCUGUCUGGAGACCUUGGUGA